AUGUCGGCAGCCUUCAGCAGCUUCGGAAGCUUGUGUGUGUGUGGGCAGCAGGCGUUCAAGACAGAGGCACGUAAUGUGACGGUCAGGGCGGGGGCCACAGCUCUGCUGAAGUGUGAAGUGCUGAGGGCCUCAGGGGCCAUGCCGUGGGUUAAAGAUGGGCUGCUCCUGGGACCUCAGAGAUCGCUGCCUGGCUACCCACGCUACAGCAUGACAGGAGAUGAACAGAAAGGCCAGUACCAUCUUCAAAUUCUCAACGUGAGUUUGGAAGACGACGGCCCCUACGAGUGCCAAGUGGGCCGCUCCGUGAGCAGCCGUGCCAUCGUGUCCCGAACAGCCUGGCUCAAUGUGCAGAUCCCGCCCUCACAGCCGUACAUCCAGCUGGAGUCUGAUGAGCCGUGGGUGGAGGGAAACAAAUACACGGUGACCUGCAUCGCUCCAGAUGCAAAACCUCCUGCAGAAAUCACCAUGUUCAGAGAUGGAGAGGAGCUGAUGGAAACCGAUUCUUUCACAAUGCCAGGCUCACAGGAUAAACUUCUGAACAUUCAUGCUGAAGUCGUGUAUGUCUGUGUGCGAACAAUGAAGAAUGGAGAAGUCCUGUCCACUAGCCGGGAAGAGGACGUUGUGUCACGUCGGUCCAGUAGUGUGUUGAAAAUGGAGGUGAUGCCAGAGGACAAUCAUGCUGUGCUGCGGUGCGAGAGCGUUAACCAAGCGUCACGUUCACCAGUUUCCCUUACUCGCACUGUUAUCCUCCUUUUUCCUCCAGAGUUUUUGGAUGAGCAGCCCGAUCAGGUCCAGGUCAUUGAGGAUGAAACUACCACACUUCCUGUCAAAGUCUCGGCCAAUCCGGAUGAAAUCACCUGCGUUUUGAAAAGCUGGCCCCCCUCUUUCUGCCCGUUAGGAACAAUGGAGAAGAGGAUUGUACACGCCAGAGAUUACGCUGGUGGUAAUGGCCCACUUGGUCGAAGAUAUGAUCCUCCUGGGGACACGGAUGGAGAUGAGGCAGAGGAGUUUGCUACCACCCCUGAUCUGAAGCUGCUCCGUGUCGACCAUAACUCGGUUACUCUGGAAAGGAUGCCCGGAUUUGAUGGUGGUUUGACACAAAACUUCCGUGUCAGGUACCAGUGGGCGGGAUCAGUGAGAUUCAUGCAGGUGGACGUGUUUCCUCCGACAGCCACUGUGUAUACAGUCACGGGCCUUGACCCUUCCACUACCUCCAACUUUUUUCAGUUAACACUAUCAAAACGAUAUGCGGAGGAAGCAGAUGACGGGGUCUCCCCAGCAGACCAGGACUCAGCUCUUGCAGGUUGUGGUCCUCCUGUCUAUGUGGUGGUGAUCCUGGCUGUGGGAAUUUCUUUCCCUCCAGAUGGCAGACACGGCACAAACCCUCUCGCUCAUGACUAUGAGGAGGUGAGAGGCUGGGGGACGGAUGAGGACCUGCGGGGUUACUCACUGAUGCCCCCUGUAGCCCAAUUUCAUCCACGAGCAACAGAAUCCUCCUACCAUGAGGGAAGAGUGUACGGUAAAGCUGAUGUGGACGUAACAGCAGGAGUUUAUGAUUCUAUGGUGUACAGCCGCAGAAGAGACACAGACUUGCCAUUUGAGCUCAGAGGGGAGCUGGUUUAAUAAUAGUGAGGCUGAUGUGUGCUUUGGUCUAGACCAGCUCUACCCUGAGACCAGUUUGGGUUUAUGAGUUGAUAAAACUAGUGAUCGACCGAUGUAUCUGUUUACCGAUAUUUUUCCCGAUAUUUAAGCAAUUUUCCAUAAUCGGGUAUCGGUUUUGUAAUAUCGGAUUCGCCGAUUUACGGCGCCAUCUUGUGGCCGUUUUGAGAUUUCCGCCAUUGCAGCCCGGGCGUCUGAGGAGAUCAGUCAACAACAACUCAGUGCACAGGUAAAAUAUAUGUUCUGCUUGGU